AUGGGGGAAGGCCUCCUACGAGGCGGAGGCCGUGGGCUCGGAAUACAGCCCGCAGGCGAAGAGCACGGGGGAUUCGUCAUCCAUUUCCAAAGCCCCCAAAGAGAAGAAGUGAGUGUUCAGACCUGUCUUUGUCAUGCUCCAGCGACGACUGUUUGUCUGGAAAGUCAGCGAGCAUGUUCUUUGCGCCUCCCCGCAUGGUCCGCUUUAGAACCCCCAGGAUUUCUCCGGCGACCAGAUGAGACAGCGACUGACAUUCCCUGCGUGCAACCCCGCUAUAGAAAAGGUGUUUCUUUCCUCAGUCGAAUCAUUGGAAACAAGAAAAAGGACCAGGUCUCGGAGACAGAGGACGAGACAGAGGAGCCCGAGGCUGGCCGGAUGUCGGUCGACACUUCACAUCCAAUUGGUUUCAUCCCCCGACACCCGGCUCCGGCAAAGUAUCUGAAGGUGCGAGCCCACUUUAAAAAAGAAAAGAGCUUCAACCGGGUGUUCCUGGCGCAGGAACUGGAAGGCGCCGGUCCACAGCCGAAAGGCGCGGAUCGACGGAUCUCCACAUCAUCCGCUUUGACUCAGAAUGGGGAGAAUACUGGCCGAGCCAUCUGGGCCCUGGUGUUCUCCAAGGACGGCAGGUAUUUGGCAGCUGCCGGGCAAGAUCGGAAAGUCCGAGUGUGGGCCGUGAUAUCGACCCCGGAGGAGCGCGAGGAAACAGUCGGGGAGGAUGAAGCAACCCCCAUAGACGCGCAGGACAUCCCUCAAUUCGCCGCUCCUGUCUUCCAGAAAAAGCCCAUCCGGGUAUACGAGGGACAUACGGGGAGUAUUUUGGACUUGAGCUGGAGCAAGAACAACUUCCUUCUUUCUUCAUCGAUGGAUAAGACAGUUCGGCUCUGGCAUAUCACCCGUCCGGAAUGUCUUUGCUGUUUCCAGCACAGCGAUUUCGUAACAUCCAUCCAAUUCCACCCCCGGGACGACAGAUUCUUCCUUGCCGGAUCCCUCGACACCAAACUGCGUCUGUGGAGUAUCCCAGACAAAAGUGUGGCUUUUGUCACGGCCGUGCCCGAUAUGGUCACCGCAGUGGCAUUCACCCCGGACGGCAAAUAUUCCAUUGCCGGGUGCCUGAACGGCAUACUCACAAUCUACGAUACCGAGGGCCUGAAGGUGUCAUCGCAGAUACAUGUACGAUCAGCCCGGGGUCGUAAUGCCAAGGGCAGUAAGAUCACCGGAAUUGAUACAAUGACGGUGCCCCAAGCCGAUUCCCAAGGUGAAACCAAACUCUUGAUUACAAGCAAUGACUCUCGGAUUCGGAUGUAUAACUUCCACGAUCGAUCGUUGGAGGCCAAAUUCCGCGGGAACGAAAACACCUGCAGUCAAAUCAGAGCAACAUUCACCGACGACGGGAAGCAUAUCAUCUGCGGGAGUGAAGAUCGCAGGGCGUAUGUAUGGCCCAUUGGGACCGUCGAGGGAGACUCGGAGAAGCGAGCCGUGGAGGUAUUCGAGACGCAGUCUGCAAUCGUAACAGCUGCAAUCACGGCGCCUACUCAAACCAAACAGGCUCUGGCGUUAUCCGAAGACCCAAUUUACGACAUCUGCAAUCCACCCCCGGUGGCACUAAUAGGCCCAGAGUCAGAAGCAUCAAAAGAAGCACCAGCCAAAGGCAACGGAAGCACGCACAAACGCUCUGCAUCAGCGCCACGCCACUCCAUCAUCAGCAAAAUGGCCCACGAUUCCCCCAACUACCUCGCCCGCUCCAAGCACCCAGACGGCGACAUAAUCGUGAUAGCCGACUACUCAGGCCGAAUCAAAGUCCUCCGCCAAGACUGCGCCUACUACCGGCGUCGCUACGAGAACUGGAACGCCAACAGCAGCAUCUCCCGACGCAUCCUACGCCGCACCAACUCCGGCCGCCACAGCCUAGCGUCCAGCAAAGAAUCCCACAAAACCCCCUCCGAGCGCAUCAUCUCCUGGCGCAACUCCGUCGUCCGCGGCCGCUCAUCAACCGACGGUUCCCGCUCCGGCCUCCGAACCCGCAGUCCAUCCCCCCAACACCGCCACGCCACCUUCCGACUCUCCCGCCCUUCAAGCCUAGCGCCUCAAGAAUCCUCCUCAGCCCUAGCAACUUCCCCGCCGCCAUCUCCGCGCAAAUCCCGCUUCGAUACUCGUCCAAGCAUGGACGCUCCCAGAGGCAAUGUCCCGCCGCCGUCAGAUGUUCCUGCCACUUCGGCUGAUCUCUUGGCUAGCGGUAAGGCGAAAGAUAACCCGCUUUGGCUACAGGGUGAUCAUAGCUAUGCGUAUUGGAAUAAGAUCACGCACGAUGCGCUGGCCAUGCGAUCGCGGAACUCGAAUGACCUGCUCAGUCCGGACAGCGUUAGGUCGCGCGAGCGUAAGCUCAGUGUCGCUGGCAGUGUCUUGAGCAGUGACUAUGGCUCUUCGGUGGGGGAGGAGGACGAUGUCCUGAAAUGUGACAAGUGUCGUGGGAUGAAUUUCCGCAGUUUCAGGGGCAGGGAUGGGAAGCAGAAGCUGAUGUGCUCGCAGUGCCAUCGGCCUGUUUCUUAA